AUGGUUUCUGAGAAUACGGCGACUCUGCCCCCAAAAGUAUGGGCGACGUUGGUGACGAAUGAUGACUAUCUGAAGGGCGUAUUGACACUCAGCUACCGUCUACGAUGCGUCAAAUCGAGAUACCCGCUUUUGGUCCUAUACACCAGUACAUUAUCUCAAACCAGCGUCGAGUCUCUAAAGCGACGGAGCAUAGCAACCCUCCAAGUACCACGACUCGCCCCAACGACCGCAAAGGAAUACACCGAUGACCCGCGUUUCAACGAAUGCUGGACAAAACUGAUCGCCUUCUCACUUACCGACUACUCACGUAUAGUUCUACUCGACUCAGAUAUGCUUCCACUUCAGAAUAUGGAUGAACUCAUGGAUCUCGAGCUUGAUUCACCGUCACUAAGCAGAUCUGGAGACGCGACUCGCAGUAAAAGGGUGUUUGCUGCUUGUCAUGCAUGCACUUGUAAUCCUUUACGAAAGCCGCACUAUCCGCCUAACUGGAAACCCGAGAAUUGCGCGUUCACAUCACAGCAUACUUCACCAGACGUGGCACAAACUACCGGAGCAGAUAUCUCCACAGGCUUGGGCAAGCUUAACAGUGGACUUCUCGUCAUCAACCCAUCGAAAAUUAUUUUCGACCAAAUCGUCACGAAGAUGAAUGAGACUGGCCUUGACUAUCAGUUUCCAGAUCAGGACCUAUUGGCAGAUCUUUACAAAGGUCGUUGGGUGGCGUUGCCAUAUAUAUACAACGCCUUGAAGACGAUGCGGGAUCCAAGCGUGCACGGGGCUAUAUGGCGUGAUGAUAAGGUCAAGAACGUACAUUACAUUCUCAGUCCUAAGCCAUGGGAUGAGCUUGGGUCAGAUGGGACCUGGAAGGGGGAUAAGCCUAUACAUAAAUGGUGGAUUGACGCGUACAAGUCAAUGCGUGCUGAGGAAAAGACACUCGGAAUCUCGUAA